AAAUAUGCCAUCGUGAGUCAAUAAUCUUUUAAGUUUGCAAAGAUAGAGAGGUUUCUUCUUGUAAAUGAGAAUCUGACACUGUAUAAGGAUUGCUGAGAACAUUAUAUAAAUUAAUAUUGCAGUACAGGCUCUCACAAAAAUAUCGGUUUACAGAGGUAUGGACUAUGGACUGCUAUAUUUCUUGUCAAAGAAGCAUUUGUAGACUUUUAGAAAACAAUUACAAAGCACGCCAGAAGUUGGAGGUGUCUGUCAUAUAGCUAGCUGUAUUGUUGGAUUACCUGGAAAUAGGAUAUGACGAAUAAAGAAGAUGAAGCACUUGAAACUGUAGAUGAGAGUAAACCUUUAAAAUAUGACCCCACAUUUAAUGGACCAAUAAAAAAUAGAUCAUGUACAGAUGUAAUAUGUUGUAUAGUUUUUGUAGUAUUUAUAUUGGGCUUGGCUGUAGUGGCCUACUUUGGGUAUGCCUAUGGGGACCCAAAGUUACUGCUAUAUCCACAGGAUUCGGAUGGAAAUCUCUGUGGAUAUGGUAAUAUGAGAGGAAAAGAUAAACUUUAUUUCUUUGAUUUGGUGAAGUGUGGUCGAAUGGGACCCGGUGUUUUUGUAAAUGGAUGUCCUACACCACAGAUCUGUGUAACGGAUUGUCCAAGUACUAACUAUGCAUAUUUUGAAAAUUUAAUAGAUAAUGAUAAAAGUAAAUUAUUAUAUUGUAAAUAUAAUACAGACAAAUCAGCUAAGAGUGUAAAAGAUUUGGUGGUAGAUGAAGACUGUUCAGCAUAUUAUUUAAAAAGCAAAUCCGUGAUUAAUCGAUGUUUACCUAUUGAAGAGUUACUGAAUUUAGCAGAUGGUGUUGUAAAAGUUGGUAAUAACACACUACAAGAUGCUGAAAAUAAUAAUGUCACAUCAACGGAAGUCAAAGAAGCGCUUAAUAUAACAAAAGUUUUAGGGUUAACUCCAGAAGAAAUGGAUAAAGCUAUUAAUGUUUUUAAUCAGUUUUUAGAAGCACAGGAAUAUGCAGAAAAGGCUAUAUCUGAUAUUACUUCAACAUGGUAUAUAAUAGUAGCAUUACUGUUUCUGGGAAUGGUAGUAUGUUUUAUAUGGAUUGUUCUUAUGAGAUGGAUAGCUGGUUUUAUGAUAUGGUUGACUAUUUUAUCUUUCGUAUGUCUGUUUGCUGGAGCAUGUGGAGUAUGUAUUUGGCAGUAUUUAAUAUACAGAGAUAAAGAUGACCAGUUUGCUUUUACAUUAGCUACUAUUCAAUUAACAUUCUCUAAAGCCGAUUUCUUCUUGGGCACAGGUAUCACAGCUGGAAUUAUAUUUGCUAUUGUAUUUUUGAUUCUACUCUUCUUGUGUCAAAGAAUCAGAAUAGCAAUAUCACUUAUAAAGGAAGGAAGCAAAGCUGUUGGUACAAUGAUGUUUACAUUGGUUUGGCCUAUAUUUCCAUUCGUUCUACAGUUACUGGUUGUUGCAUUUUGGGGUACCGUAGCUGUCUAUUUACAAUCAGUAGGUAGGGGCCAGAAUUUAGCAGAUAACAAUGUGACUUAUCCAAAUGGUAGCAUUAAUGAAGCUGCGGUGCAGAAGCAGUCAGAGAACCUCUUUCAAAGCUUACCAUGUGAUAAUUCAACAAACAGUACAGGAAACAGUGUCUGUGGUUAUCUAAAGUAUGGAGAAGGAGAUUAUACAGUCUACCUUCAAAUCUAUAAUCUAUUUAUGUUGUUCUGGUUGGUUAACUUUGUCGUAGCAUUAGGACAGAUGACGUUAGCAGGUGCAUUUGCUUCAUAUUACUGGGCUUUUAAUAAACCAAGUGAUAUCCCAACAUUCCCUCUACUGAGUUCCUUUUAUAGAUGCUUCAGGUAUCAUUUGGGAACUUUGGCCUUUGGUUCACUAUUGAUUGCUAUUGUUCAAUUGAUUCGAGUAUUUCUAGAAUAUGUCGACCACAAACUUAAAGGAACAGAAAAUCCUGCGGCCAAGUUUCUUUUAAAGUGUUUAAAAUGCUGUUUCUGGUGUUUGGAGAAGUUUUUGAAAUUUUUAAAUAAAAAUGCUUAUAUUAUGACUGCUAUUUAUGGUAAAAACUUCUGUAUUUCGGCUAAAAAUGCCUUCAGCUUAAUAUUAAGAAAUAUUGUAAGAGUGGUGGUUAUUGAUAAAGUUACAGAUUUUCUACUAUUUGUCAGCAAAUUGGUUGUGGUGGCUUUAACUGGUGUUGCUGCUUUCUUCUUCUUUGAUGGUCGAAUAACAUUCUUAACGCAAUACACCCCAACUCUAAAUUUCUACUUCGUACCUAUCAUUAUUGUGGUAUUAGGAACAUAUAUUAUUGCUUCCUGUUUCUUCAGUGUUUAUAAUAUGGCGGUAGAUACACUCUUUCUCUGUUUCUUGGAAGAUCUUGAAAGAAAUGAUGGAUCAACAGGAAAACCAUACUACAUGAGUAAGGAUUUGAUGAAAAUAAUUGGCAAGAAAAAUGUGGUUGGGGAUAAAAAUUAAAAAGAAACUGCUGACAAAGAAUAUUGAUACCUUUUGAUCUGUUAGAUAUCUGUAUAUAUAGAGAGAACCAUUUUGUAAAGACAUUAUUAUAUUAUAUUCUAUGUAAUUAUUGUUUUGGUAACUUGUCUCUAUAAAGCCAUGGGUAUUCUUUUAAAAAACACAGAACUACAUAGACUUAAACAUUUUACUAUAAACAAACAUUUUACUAUAAAACUCUAUAGAAAUGUUCAAUUGUUAGUACUAUUUAAUUUUCGAACAUACAAUUAGAUCAGCGUUCUGAUUUCUGUGACUGUAGUACUUAAUGAAAAGUUUCUGAUCAAAUGUCUUAUUUUCUGUUUCCGGUGUUUUACAUGCAAAAGUACAAGAAAUAUCUCAAAUGAAAGGAGAUAAAUCAGUUAUUGAACUGUGUGAUUGUAAAAGUAAUAUAAUGAACAACUGGUUAAGAUAUCUGGAUUUUCCUACAUUAAUUUGAAUUUGAAUGACCCCGUUCACUCUUUGAUUAGGAGGGGGAGCCUAAGUCAACUACAUGUUAUAAUGAUAUAUUUGUGUAUAUAAUACAAUAACGUUAUAUUAAUAAACAAGAUUGAUGAAGAAACGUAUGUAUAUACUGAAAUCCAUUGUUGACUCUUGUUUUUGUUACUUUUCAUGUAUUAUAUUUGUGAGAAUUUGACCUAUUACAAGAUUGUUUAUUUCCCCCUUCUAGAGUACCUAGAGGCUAAAUGUCAAACUUAAUACUGCUGUAAUAGCGGUUAUCAGAAGGUACAAAUUAAAUAUAUCUUUUUAUAUCAUAGUCCAAUAAUGCACACUUUUUGAACCAUUAUUAGUCUAAACAAAACAUGCCCUUAAGUGAUGUGACUAUCAACAAUGUGACUCGGUCAUCAACAUCCGAUGACCUUGCCCAAAUAAACCCAAAUAAAAUUGGUUUCCAUUGAAAGACAAAACUAUUCAACUGAGAAAAUUUCUAAUUAGCAAUAACACAACUACUAAUACUUAUGUGUGUAUAAAGUUUCGUAAAGAUAACUGGGGCAGAAGGAUGAACAGACACCAUUUCAAUAUAAAACUGGUAGCCAUGUCAACCUUUGAGAUUCCAUGAUGUAAACUGAAAUGACAUAUUUUCUGAUAAUCGUUAUAAACAAUCUUGCAUAGUGAGAAAUCACUUGAACUGUUAUCUUAAAGUUUCAACAUCUAUAUGUAGUAUUAUAAUUUUAUGAUGGGCACAUAUGUGCCUUGAGUUUAUGGUUUAAAUGUUUUUGCUAGACCAAAAAAAACAAAUAAAACUCGUUGAAACCGCCCAUAGAAUUAAAUCUUGUAAAGUAAUUUACUGGGUCAUAGUUUUUAUUCUCUCUAUAAUACUAAAAGAACUUCUGUGAUAAGUAAAAUGUGUGUAUAAAUGUUGAUUAUAUUGUUGUGAUCAUUAUCAUUCUAUAAAACCAUUUGUAUCUUUAAGUAUUUAGUAGCUUACUUAUAUAUUAAAUAAACUUAUAUUUUAUACUAUUACUUUAUCUUUCUAAUUGUUAAAUUAAUAACGAUGCAGUGCUGUGCGCUCCUGAGUAAAAUCUGAACAUUAUAAGUAUAUCAUUGCUUAAUCCCCUUUAAAAUUACCCCCUUUAAAUUAACACCAUUUUCAUAAUUAUGCUUAUAUUUUCAUAAAUAUGCUCUCCAUUGCUUUUUUUUUUAUAAACAAUAUUUUUAUUCAGUAAAUCUGAAUUUGGAUUGGGGAACAAGCUAUGCCUAUGUGUAACCCCUGCUUCAUUUUACUGUACUAUUUAUAUAUACCGGUAUAUAUAUAUAUAUAAAAAAAAGUAAAUUCAACUAUUUUCAGAAAACAUUUAAUUUGUCAUCUCACACCAUCAAUUUACGACCUGAGGGUCAUCUAACAAGUAGAAUUUAAAAAAGAAAUUUGUUUCUUUUUGAAACCACAGUUAUAAACGUUUGUCUUUAUAAAGGUUAGGUCAUAAAGAAGAGCAAGAAAAAGAAAAAAAAUUGGAAAAUAAUUUAAUCUUUGUUGAAAAUUGGACAAUUAAACAUGUGAUAUAGUAUAUCUUUCUUACUUUAUUUUAACUUAUGACCACCUGUUACUGUAUUAUCAAUAAAGAAAGUAUUUUAAUAUCAGUAUUCUUGUAUGAUCAAAAUGUCUUAUUUUCUAUCUCUAAUACAUUUCAUUAAUUUUAUCAUGUGAUAUUAUGUGUGAUUUAUUUGGUGCACAAUAAAUUCUUUCAAAUGUU